AUGUCUUCCUUCAGUUACUCAACUCUCCCAUCCGAUGGGCCGUUCAAGCUUUUUCCAAUCUGGGUCAAGCAGAAUUUAUCCCCAAAGGCCAUUGAAACAAUCUAUAAAGUCAAUGAUUGGGUUGAAAAUGAAUGCAUUCCCGCAGAGCCCGUCAUGAAGGCCCAGCUGGAAAAGGAUACCUGGAACACUCCGCCACUGAUGCAUGACCUACGGGAGCGAGCCAAACAAGCCGGGCUCUUCAAUCUUUUUCUGCCUUCCCAUUUCAAAGAAUCGCCUGGUCUCACGAAUCUAGAGUAUGCAUGCUGUGCUGAGCUAUUGGGGAGAACCUACUGGGCCGCGCAAACCCUGAACUGUCAUGCCCCAGAUACCGGCAAUAUUGAAUUAAUGGCCAAAUACUGCAAUGAUGCGCAGAAAGAAAAAUGGCUCAAACCAGUGCUCGCUGGUGAUUUUCUGACCGCAUACUCCAUGACGGAACCAGACCGAGCUUCGUCAGACCCUCGCACACUCGCGUGUCGCAUUCACCGCGAAGGCAACGAAUAUGUUAUUAAUGGCCGCAAGUUGUUUGGAAACGCCAUCUACAACCCUGAUAUCCGCGUUAUUAUCCUCAUGGGUCUGUCCGAUCCCGAGAACCCUGACCCCUGGAAGCGUCACUCUAUGCUUUUUGUCCCUACCGACUCCCCCGGCUUGACAAUGAAGCGGAAUCUGACUAUCAUGGGCUACGAACAUCCGCCUGAGGGUCAUGGCGAGUUUGUCUAUGAGAAUGUUCGUGUGCCCUGCGAGAACCUUAUUCUGGGCGAAGGGAGAGCGUUUGAGAUAGCGCAGGGCCGCCUCGGGCCCGGCCGCAUCCAUCACUGCAUGCGUCUUGUUGGCCAGUGUGAACGGGCUUAUGAACUCGGCUUGAUUCGCUGUACUGAUGAGCGGAAGAAGCCGCGCGGCAAGCUGAUCGGGCAGUUUGAUAGCAACAUUGAGCGGCUAGCGGCCAUGCGCCUCGAGAUUGACUCGAUGCGUCUUUUGGUUUUCAAUGCUGCACACACUAUGGACAUUCUGGGCAACAAAGCAGGCAGGUACGCCAUCGCACAGUGCAAAAUCCAGGUCCCCGCCGCUGCUGCUCAGGUGAUCGAUGAAUGUAUGCAACUUUAUGGGGGCCAAGGGCUCACUCAGCACACACCGCUACCGGAGAUGUGGACGUAUGCGCGCUAUGUGCGCGUGGCGGACGGGCCUGACGCUGCUCAUCGCCAUCAAAUUGGUCGGGAUGAACUCAAGUCUGCAGCAUUGGUUCGGGCUAAACAUGAGAAAUACCAGAGGCGGGCACAGGAGCUCGCUCAGAUGUAUGGACUUGAGAAUGGAAGUCUCCAUGGGUCCGCUUGGGAAUAUGUGGCCAAGCUUUGA